ACGAUCGGCAGCCAUACGCAUACAUACGUUCUCUAUCGUUUCCUGUUGUAUAUUUACGUGACGUGGGUCUCACUGAUUGACUGACUGUGCCGGUAGUAUUCACAUCGAGUAACAUUGGGAAGGAUUAUUGCAAGGAUCCGUAUUAGAGUUGAUUUAUUUUAUUGAUAUAAUAUAAUUAUCAUCAUCAUGUUGCAAUCAGUAUUUGAAGAUGUACGGCGAAUGAAUAAAAGACAGUUCAUGUAUCAAGUGCUCAGCUUUGGCAUGAUCGUGUCCUCGGCCUUAAUGAUAUGGAAAGGUUUAAUGGUUGCAACGGGUAGCGAAAGUCCCAUUGUUGUUGUUUUAAGCGGUAGUAUGGAACCAGCAUUUCAUAGAGGUGAUUUAUUAUUUUUAACUAAUCAUCAAAAUGAAUCUAUGAGAGUAGGAGAAAUUGUUGUUUUCAAAGUGGUAGGUAGAGAAAUACCGAUAGUCCAUAGGGUUUUGAAACUUCAUGAGAAGGGAGACCAGAACAAUACUGUUAAAUUUUUAACAAAAGGUGAUAACAAUUCUGUCGAUGACAGAGGCUUAUACGCCCAGGGACAAUUAUGGCUUACACAUAAAGACGUUGUAGGUAGAGCAAGAGGAUUCUUACCAUACGUAGGUAUGGUUACUAUUUAUAUGAAUGAAUAUCCAAAAUUUAAAUAUGCCGUUCUAUCGUGUUUGGGUUUAUAUGUUUUGAUUCACAGAGAAUAAGAAUAACUUUUUAUAGAAAAUUAAUACAAUAGACUGUCAUUUGUCAUUUAAUCUAAAUAUGUAAUGGUAUUAGAUGACAAUGAAUUGAUUAAAACAUUUGUACGGGGGUUAUUUGAAUGUAUUUCAUACCCUUUCAAUUGUAUACUGUUCACAUAUAUUUUCUUCUAUAAAAAAAAAAUAAAAAAAAAAAAAGAUGUAUCGCUUUGUUAAAAUAUUGACAAUUUGUGACAGUGAUAAAUAAUAAUUGAAAGAGUACGAAGGCAGACACUCCAGUACUUUUAUAUUGUGCCACAAAAUGAACAGUUUUUCGGCUAUUGGCAAAAUCAUAUAGAAAAAAAAUAGUUGGAUUUUUAUGUGCGUACACGACCUUUGUGUUUACAAUAAAAAAAACAAAAAAUAAA